AUGAGCGUACGGUACGCCAGCACCACUGUGAAGGGGAGAGCGGGAGCCAAGCUUCGCACUCGAAAGGAAACGACAACUGGAGUGGUUGCGAAGAGGCAGCGAGUGCAAAAGGCCAAUGCCACAGCGGAGGAGAGGGAAGACUACAGCACCACCACCACCUCCACUACCACAACCACCGCGAGCGCUGGCCGUGCGGCCGGUACGAAGAAGGCCCGCAAGUCGAAGGCGAAGACUCAACCACAGGAAGACGCGAAGCAAGAGUACGAUAAGGCCCAGCUAGGCGAGGAGCCCAGCACGCCUCCACUCGUGGUCUACCCGCAGACCCUCGUGCCCAGCAGCGUGCUCGACAUGAUCUCUACUCCGCAACAAGGCAAGACCUCCAACGGGGGUCCAGCGUCUCUCCAACUCAACGCCAUCUUCAUCUGGCCCAAGGCUGUCCGGGCGAUGCUCGUGGACCAGAAGAGAAUCCAGAAGCAGAAGCUGUUGCUGCAGGCGCGACACGCGGAAGAGGCCAAGAUCGUGCAGCCCGCCGCUGCUCUCGAUGCUGCCGCGGCCACCGCCACUGCCACGGCCGCCAGCGAUACCCACGACCAGUCCGGCCAGGAAGGAACCAACCAAUAA